GCACACUAUGCUGAAGACCUGUCCUGAGGGUGCUGUAGAAAGUCUCCAGAGGGUCAUUUCAUGGGGGAAAAUCCUGCCAAGAACCAUUAUGCACAGCUUAACCAGGGAGAAGAGAAUGAGAUGGACAUAUUUGGCUACAAAACUCAAGGCUGUCGAAAGGCUUUGUGCAUUGCUGGAUACAUCUUGUCCUGUGGGGCUCUGAGGCUGCUGUUUUACUGGAAGCCAGAGUGGGAUGUGUGGGUAAACUGCAUCCGAUGCAGCUUGGAAGAAGCAGAUAUUGUUCUGCUUAGAACAACAGAUGAUUUUCGGAUUUAUUCUCGUAAGACUGUGACAUGGAUCUCUGUGUCUGAAUUAAUCAAAAGUAGAUCAGAUUAUCCAGCCACUGAGGAAGACUCAAUCUUCAGCAAAGCCAUAAUGAAGCCAAGUUUGCAAGUAAAAGCUAUCCAAGUACAAAAGAUCCGCUAUGUCUGGAAUAUCUAUGCAAAACAGUUCCAGAAAGUUGGAGUCCUAGAAGACCACUACACUUGCUCAGCAAUGCAUGAUAAGUUUGGUUUUGGUCUCACCUGCAACGAACAGAAUGUCAGGAGAGUUAUAUGUGGGCCAAACACUAUUGAUGUUCCAGUGAUCCCUAUUUGGAAACUACUCAUCAAAGAGGUCCUAAAUCCAUUUUACGUGUUCCAGCUGUUCAGUGUGUGUCUGUGGUUUGCUGAAGAUUACAUGGAGUAUGCCACUGCCAUCAUAGUCAUGUCUCUCCUCUCAAUAUUUUUGACUGUAUAUGAUCUUAGAAAGCAAUCCAUUAAACUGCACAGACUGGUUGAGUCUCAUAACAACACCAUGGUCACUGUCUGGAGAAAUAAGGAAGGUUUCCAAGAGUUGGAAUCACACCAUCUUGUUCCUGGAGAUAUGCUGAUUUUGAAAGAGGGCAAAACCCUUUUGCCUUGUGAUGCCAUCCUGGUCAGUGGGCAGUGCACUGUAAAUGAAAGCAUGCUGACAGGAGAAAGUAUUCCUGUAACAAAGACCCACCUACCCCGAGCUGAUAAUUUCAAGCCCUGGAGAGUGUACUGUGCAGAGGAUUACAGAAAACAUGUCCUCUUCUGUGGAACAGAGGUCAUCCAGACCAAGGCAGAUGACAGAGGAGUAGUGAAAGCUGUGGUGCUGCGGACUGGUUUCAACACAGCCAAGGGGGAUCUGGUGAGGUCCAUUCUCUACCCUAAGCCCAUGAACUUCAAGCUGUACAGAGAUGCCCUGCGGUUCCUGAUGUGCCUCAUAGCAUUUGCUGCCAUUGGGAUGAUCUACACAGUGUGUGUAUUUGCACUUAAUGGGGCAGAAACAGGAGAAGUGGUGAAGAAGGCUUUGGAUGUUAUCACUAUUGCUGUCCCACCAGCUCUGCCAGCUGCCUUGACAACAGGAAUCAUUUAUACCCAGCAGAGGUUGAAGAAAAAGGGCAUCUUUUGCAUCAGCCCACAGAGGAUCAACGUGUGUGGACAGCUGAACCUUGUCUGCUUUGACAAAACUGGCACCUUAACAGAAGAUGGCCUGGAUCUUUGGGGUUUGCUGCCCUCUGAGAGAAACUGCUUUCAGGAUAUUCACAGUUUCCCUGCAGACCAGAGCCUGCCUUGGGGUCCAGUGUUCAAAGCACUGGCAGUUUGUCAUUCAUUAAUUGUUUGGGAGGGCAAGAUCCAAGGAGACCCGCUGGAUGUGAAAAUGUUUGAGGCCACUAACUGGGUGAUAGAUGAUUCUAGCAGACACUGGAUUGAGGGUCAACGAUCCACACAUGCCACAGUUGUUAGACCUGGACUUAAAGCCACCACUGAAGGAAUUGCCAUUUUACAUCAGUUCCCAUUUUCCUCAGCCUUGCAAAGAAUGUCUGUCAUUGCCCAGGAAAUUGGUGGGGAUCCACAGGCCUUCAUAAAAGGGGCUCCUGAAGUAGUAGCCACGCUAUGUAGAGCAGAAACAGUCCCAUCGAACUUUGAGAGCAAGCUGCUGCUCUACACAGCACAGGGCUUUCGGGUCAUUGGGCUGGCCUGUAAGUCUCUGCAGGCAGGGAAGCUGCCAGCUGCUCUGACAAGGGAGGAGGUAGAAUCUGAUCUGACGUUCCUGGGUCUGCUGAUAAUGGAGAAUCGAUUAAAGAGGGAGACAAAGCCUGUUCUGGAAGAGCUCAGUGCUGCCCACAUCAGGAGUGUUAUGGUCACAGGGGACAACAUUCAGACAGCUAUAACAGUUGCCAAAAAUGCUGGGAUGAUUGCUCCAACACACAGAGUGAUUCUUGUGGAAGCAAACAAAAUGCCUGGAUCUUUUUCGGCAUCUAUAACCUGGAAAUCCCUAGAAGAAAAGAAAGUUGAAGAUUACAGAAGCCUGGAGGAUGACAGUCAGACUGAGCCAGGAAUCAGGAUGGCAUUGGGAUCAGGCCAGUAUCAUUUUGCCAUGAGUGGAAAAUCAUACCAAAUUGUAGCACAGCAUUUCAGGCACUUACUUCCAAAGCUCUUGCUGAAUGGCACAGUUUUUGCUAGAAUGUCUCCUAGUCAUAAAUCCAGUCUUGUAGAAGAAUUUCAAAAACUGGAUUACUUUGUGGGCAUGUGUGGAGAUGGAGCCAAUGACUGUGGGGCUUUGAAAGUGGCACAUGCAGGGAUAUCCCUGUCGGAGCAGGAGGCGUCUGUGGCUUCACCUUUCACAUCCCGAACACCCAGCAUAGCCUGUGUUCCAGAGCUAAUCAGGGAAGGCCGUGCUGCUCUUGUCACUUCCUUCUGCAUGUUCAAGUACAUGGCACUGUACAGCACAAUCCAGUACCUUGGUGUUCUCCUGCUUUACUGGCAACUAAACUCCUUUGGGAAUUACCAAUUUUUGUUUCAAGAUCUGGCUAUUACCACUGUAAUUGGUGUGACAAUGAGUUUCACAGGUGCCUAUCCGAAGCUGGUCCCCUACAGACCUCCAAGCCAGCUCAUCUCACCCCCCUUGCUGCUCUCUGUUGUGCUUAACAUCCUCUUCAGCCUCAGCAUGCAGAUCUUCGGGUUUGUGGUGGUCCAGGAGCAGCCUUGGUAUUCCAAGACUGAUAUACACAGUGCCUGCCUGCCAGUGGACAGUCAUGAGAUGAAUUCAUCCUUUAGCCCAGCUCUCCAUGGGCUGAGAGAUGGAGCCCAUGAGCAAACAGACAACGGCUUCAAGAGCUAUGAAAACACCACCGUGUGGCUGCUAAGUACCAUCAACUGCCUCAUUGUAGCACUGGUGUUUUCCAAGGGAAAGCCUUUCAGGCAACCCAUCUACACCAACUAUGUGUUUGUACUGGUGCUCAUAGGGCAGCUGGGCAUUUGCCUCUUCUUGAUGUUUGCUGACAUUGAUGAUCUCUACUCCAAGAUGGAUCUCGUUUGCACCCCCACCACAUGGCGAAUCUCCAUGCUGGUAAUGCUUGCAGUCACACUUGCUGUGUCCUUCCUUGCUGAGGAAGCUGUCAUUGAGAACAGACCCCUGUGGCUGCUUCUGAAGAAGACAUUCCGGUACCACUCAAAGAGCCACUACAAGAGGCUGCAGCACGUGCUGGAGCAGGACUCAGCCUGGCCACCUCUGAAUGAAACCUUCUUCUCAGACUCUGUGGCAGUGACCAUAGAAGGAAAUAUGGGAGGCCAUAGCAAUCCAGCAUUUGACAGCAGCGAGGAUUCACUCUGAAGGAAACUGCAGUGGACACAUGUCCAGGACAGUUGCAUUUGACCUUAAAAGGACUCAGUGACUUAAUUGCUGCUCUUGCAUUCUAGGAGAUCAUCAAGACUAGGAAGAUGUAACCUUUUGCUUACAUGUAAAUUAACUGGAAGCACAAAAUCUGCUGCAGUAACAUAAAGCCACAAUGUUUCCUCUGUCCCCUUGCCCAUACACGAACAGCUGCCAGUUGUAAAUAGAACACCUCGCUGAAUAUUGGUAAAGCAUUUGUGGCUGAAACUGGAUCCCUCUGUUGAACUGCACUAUGCAAUCCCUAAGGGUGGGAAAUGCUCCAGAUGAAAAGUAGCUAAUUGCAAUAGCAGCACUCCUCUGGCAGAUCCCCUUUGAGUAAACAAGUAGAACUUCUGAUAGAGGCUGCUGAGCACAGGCAUUCCUGGGAUUCCUUAUGGAGUUUCAGAUACUGCUACUCGGUGUCUUGGGUUUUUUUGAAGGCUUUAACCCUUCUGGCAAUACUUGGCUUCCAGAGCUGAAAGGAGCUGAAAACAGCCAAAACUCUCUGGAAGUGUCCAGUCCCAGCACCAUUGUUCUCUUCCCAUGAUGGGAACAAAAAGAGCUCUCUGGCUAGUUCACUGCUACCAGGAAACCUGUUUGCCCUCAGUUUUUAGCAAGUGAUACUUGCUUUUUAUGGGUAAAAAAUUGUUGACCUGCAAAGCAGAAUGAUCUAAUUAUUUAACAUUUUUUGGUGGCAGGUAUUUGUUCAGGAUAUCCAUGAAAAAAUGUAGAAUGGAAUGUAUUAAUUAAAAAUUAUGAUCUUGUCCUGUGGUCUUCAAGGGAUACACUAUCCCUUGUGGUGUGAGAUUGCAGGUCCUGCACAACUGAGCUGCCUCCUGGCAUCAGUUUCACCAGUGCCAAAAGAAACAAACAUUGAAGGGGCUAUUAACCCCAAGGAUCUAAGGUCUGAAAUACAAGAUGUGGAGCCAGCUAGGUCUCAAAAUAAUGUCUUUUAAAUUCUGCAGCUUGCUCUUAAAUUGAACCGUCUGUGGUUUAGUCUCUGGUUUCUCCAUAAUUGCAGAUGCAAUUAAUUCAUCAGCUCAUUUUCCCUCAAUCUGUUAACCUUUGAUGGAGAGUUUUACUUGCUUUGCUGUGCUGUUUACCAUACAUAAGUGCAACAACACUGCACAUCCCUGCAAGUGUUACCUACUAAAAAAAUGUGCAGCUUCUACCUCACAUACUGUCUUAGCCCACCGAUGUUAAUCUGCCUUUCUCCUUACUGCAUUCUGCAAUCUUGGUCCCCAGCUGGAUAAAACAACAAGAGAGUCAAUCAGAGGGACUUUGGACCAAGAGGAACACUUUCUUCUUUGGAUAAGGUGUGCAGGGGAGCUGUGCCUUCUGAGUUGACUUCACAGUUUGUUUUCCACAGCUGGAGCUAACUCGUGUUUUUAUGGGGUGGGGCUGAGAAGCUCUUUAUUUCUAGAAACUGUAUUUUCCCACCAUUGUGUGCUAAAGCACUCUUGUGCUGCCACAAAAAGCCAGGAAUCGGGCAGGUUGGGAAUAAUGGGGAAAACUUCUUUGGUUUUUAGAUUUAAAAAGCAGCUUGGGAAACAGAGAACAAAUCAGAGGAAAUCAUUAAUUGUUCUAAGUCACCAUAGCGGCACCAGAGUAGAGUCUGAACAUAAUCUAGCCUGAAUCUAAAAAUAAUUAAGAAAAUGAAGAAAUAUUAGCUAAGAAAAAAGAAAGAAAAAUUUCAACAAAUUCAACCAAACAAUACUACAACUUGAACAAAACAUUUAUUUGACUCAAAGCAAUUUUAUCUUCUGUUUUUGUACAAGUUUGAUGUAAGCAAAUAGAGUAAAUACCUUCCUAUCUACAGUAGUUUACCUAAUGGUAAAUGCUUGUAACCAAGCCACACAAACUAGAAAUACUUCAUAUUAAUUCCAAGAAGUGUCUCCAAAGUUUUCCCAGUUCCCAGUUCACAGCAAAAGUCCACUUGAAGGGGAAGGCUAGAUGCCUCUUCAUUCCUGGCAUCCUUCUUUUAGAUACAGUAACUAUUUUUUCUUGAAGACAGACUUCACUGUGCUAUUAUGAACUCCUUCAAAAAACUAAUAUGUUACUGCAUGUGAUACAGUGACUGCGGCAGCAGCACUGCAGACCAGGUAUGUGAUUUAUAUUUAGAUACCACUGACACUAUAAAAGCAUCAAGUCUUGGUAAGCCUGUGGUGAUGCCUGCUGCUGAAAUUGAGCCUUAGCAGCAAGAGAGCAGAAUUCAGAUUAAUGUUUAAACUCCAAACACUGUAAUUCCCUCUGCUGCUUUAACUUCUACUCCUUUUCAAAGAGGUCAGUGAGUCAGGCCAGCACCUGGGGGGAAGAGUUCCAAAGAUUUACAAAGAUUCGGGAUGACGGAUACAUGGUGGAAAGCAGAUGAACCUCUUUUUUGGCUAUUCGCACACAUUCCCUGCAGAAGGUUGCAGGGAACAAUAGAAAGCUAAGGCGGUGCUGCAUACUUGUAAUAGCUAAAUAUUUCCCUUAUGAUGACUGUGCCCCUUCUUGGAGAGCAGUACUAUCAAAGACUGAUGUCCUCCUCCCCUGCUGUUGGCCUUUAUUCCUGAUAUAACUUUUCCUAUGGACAGGAUAUCUUGCCUCACAGCAGCAACAGAGCUGGAGUGCUCAAGCUUUUUGCAGCUGCUGCAAAAAUCAUAGCUGCCCUUCCAUGGAGGCUCUUGCUAAGGAUCUUCAGUGGAAUCUUUUUAGUACAGCUAAGACACACUUGUUCUCUUUGACAGCCUUGGUUUACUAGUCCAGAGACUACAAGUCACCAGAGAAAUGCUGCUGCUGCUGGGCUUGCCUGUGGCCUCAACAGCAGAGUAAAGCACAAAGGUGUUUUAGAAUAGAGGGAAAUAUUUGCAAAAUUGCUAUUUUUAAUUUAUUUUUUUCACCUCAUAACUUCCUUUUCUCCUACAACAUGGACACAGAAUUUUUUUUUCCAUGUAAAUAAUGGACAUGCUGCAGGACUGAUCUUCCUCUACAGAGGACAAAACAAACAUUUGAUGGAUAAGAGGGAAAACAGUUAUGGAUAGUUACUUGCUGAGUUUGCAUAUAGAAAUGCCAUGCAAGUGUUUCUGCAUAUAUGAUAUUGUUGUGUCCACUUUACUGGACUAUGGAUGCCACACAAAUGUCUUUAAAAUGGGAGAUACCUAUGAAUACUGGGACUCCAAACUAACAUGUGCCUGAGCUUCUAGUGAAGUGUAUUUGAAACUCUAUGAAAUUAAUGAAAAGUUCCAGAGCUCUUGAAUUGGUUAGAUUUGAUCUUACCAACCUUUCAGUGCCCUCUGGAGAGAGGUUUUGAAGAGAACUCCAGUGUGGAACUCUGAAGAGUUUAUUUAAUUUGAACUUUGCACUUCCAUCUAAGGCUGAAACUUCAUGCAUGAAAUACUAAUGGUAGUGCCUGGAGACAGACUGGUCCUCAUAAGGUUGUGGUAGUUCAGUCCAGAUACAGCUUCAGUGUCUGAGGGCUUGCACCCUGAUUUAGUGUCUGUCUCUUUGUUCUAGUGAAUGUCGAAGAAUGCAUUAAAUUUUCAAUGAGGGACCAAAUUUGUCAGAUGAAUAAUUCAUUUCACUUUCAACCUUUAUGCAGAAAACUCUUUCAUUGGCUAUUUUAGUUCUGCUAGCUCUCAGAAUAGUCUGUCACUACUUCAGAGAAGCUGAGUGGUGAGUAAAUCUCUGAAAAACUUCAUCUAAACUUUUGCUGUUAGUUAGGUACUACAGUAACCAAAAUUAUGCUCUCAGAUAUCUGUGGGGCUUGUGGCCUGUUUUAACAUAAAACAUAAAAGUGAAUGAUGACUGUUGUUAUAAGACUGAUAGAAUGUAGAAUAGCUAAAAGUAUGGAAGUACAUGGAAAUCAAACCAUCAUUUUAGCAGGUCUGAGGCUGAUUACUGCUGACCUCACAGACCGUAUUAAGUUUUCUUUUUUCCAAAUAAGUAUCAUAUUCUCAGUGACUUUCUUAAAUAAAAAUGUACUGAAGAAUUUUGUGCUUCAGUCUUCUCCCUCCCCCCUAUUUGGGUACUGUCUCCUGAGCAGCAGUUACAUAAGAUCAGAAAGGUCACCUCGGUUAGAUGGCUGUGCUGAGAAAUCACGUGACUUACAGUCAUAACAAAAUCUGACUUUCGUUUUCUACCACAGCUGCUGCCAGAGAGUAAUUGGAUACCAACAUUUUAUAGUUACAGACAUGGGUAAGCUGAUAAACUGUUCCCUGGAAGCCAGGAGGAAACCAUGUCAUGGGAUGCCUCAGGCACAGCAUUGCCAGCCAGGAAAUCAGAUCCCUGACUCCUGAUAAAUGUUUCAUUAAUCUUCAGGAAGACGUUAGGGUUAGAGGAAUCUUAUUACUUAGUCCCUGGAGACACAUUUCUUUUAGGUGGAAGAAGAUUCUGCCUCCCCUGUGAUGUUGUCCUGAUUGAUGGAAGCUGCAUUGUGAAUGAAGGGCUGUUCUCAGGUGCAGCACUGGAGAUAGAAAUGCUAAGGUUCUCUGAAAGGGAUGUGCCUCUAUCUGUUCUGACAGCAAAUUAUUUACUUAAUUUGUGUGGUUUGCAGCAGGAGGGAGAAAAACAGUGGCUUGAAUAAUUCACAGUUGUCUUAAGCUUUUGGACGCUGCCAUUGUGUAAUAUGCAUUUCUUAUCCACAUUAAAAAUGAGUAACUUUAACGUACUGUUAGGACUAGAAAGUGAAAACAUUCAAAUACACUGAAUACGUACUUUUAAGUUUUUGAAUUCUGAUGUUGCAGCAGUUCAGCACAAGCACACAGAGCAGAGAGGCCAGUGUUAGCCCUCAACAUCAAGACACUGCAAGGCAGAAACUUGUUUUAGGGACAAAAUGUGACCCAACCUCCUCAUAAAUAAUAUUCAGAAAAACCUAUCAUACUAUGUGUAGGAGGAGGCUAGAGAAGGAAAGGAGCUGCUCUUCUCCCUUCCAUGUCUUGGCCUGGAGGGGUUCUGGACCUCUACAGUUAACUGCCUUGUCAUUUUUCCUCCUUCCUUGUCAAGCUUUUUCUCAAGAGAGAGACCCAGGUGUGUUUGGGGAGGCAGAGUGCAGUGGGUGUCCCUGCUUCCUGCUCAGCUCCAUCCCUCUGAGGAAGAUACCUGGGCAUUGCUGUGGUAGGUGUAGCCACAAAGGAGGCUGCCAAUUCAAGGCAAACAGAACUCAGCAGCAGCCUGAGUGCUUUUAAUUACCCUGAGGGUGUUAGGAGAAUAUGCACAGGGCUGUUUCAUUAUGUCAUUCUCAGCACAGUUGAUGAAUAUUCUUAAUCUAGUCAAUAAACCUUUCAUCUUGUAAAUGUUAGGAUAAUGCUCCUUCUGUUGAAAUUAAGUCUUGCUGAGUUUGGUGCUUGUCAAAUGUCACCUACCUUCUGCAAAAUCCAUGAGACCACAGAUCAGAGCUGCAAAGGUCACGUGCCUUUAGGGACUUCCCUAAACCCUGGCAGGCUACAUCUCAAUUCCUAGCCUAAAGACCAUGGAAAUCCUAAAGGAAUAGGCACAUAAAUGCAAAAGUUGAUUAUAUUCAAAAUUGUACUAUUGAAUUCAUAUUGCAAAAUACCAUAACAGACUUCAGCACUUCAGUGCAUAUGAUGCUGAACUCAAAAUGUUAAUACUUACCAGUGGCCAGGACAAAUCAUACACACCCCAUAUCAACUCCCAGGAUCAUUAGUAGUUAUUAGUACACCAGAUACUUCAACAUCACAGAGAUAAUUAUGCCAUAAUGAAUGAAAGAAGAAAUUCAUUUCAAGAGGGAAAUAAUCACAUUCCCAAUACUUCUUAAGAAAGCAGGGAGGAAAUUACUAUCUGAUGCAAAUUAAUGAGAUGAAAUUAAUAAGUGUCAACCAAUAAAAUACACCUCCAGUGGGACCUGACUGCAGGCAGAGUACAAUCUCUUCUUGGCCCUCCUCCACUCCUCCAGAGAGGCCCCACUGAGGAGGUGCAUGUUGAACAGGCUCACAGCCCACCAAAAGGCAGCUCAAGCAGUGCCAGAGGGAUUUCCACCCAGGUACCCUUGCAGGCAGUGUCUCACAUAAGCAGCAGAACAAAACUGGAUCCAUGUGCCAGAAUAAAUUCACUGUAAUUAAAACCAUGCUCUGUAAGGUAUCACAAUGUAAAGCUCUUUUUGCAGACAUGUCCAACGUGAAUCCAGCUCAGAACGUGCUGGUGACCUCUUGCCAAGAGCAUGAGGAAGGAGCUACUGCUGUGUGCAUGGAUCUCAUUAGUGUAUUUGCAUAAUUACUUUCUCUUAAAUGUUCACAUUUUUAGAUGUAUUGUAAGACUAGUUGUCAGCUAAGCUCAAAACUGCA